AUGGAGAUCAUAGGCCCUCGAGCACUUCUGUGCCCCACCGCUAUCGCCCUGUGCCCUCCGCGCCACCUGCUCGCAGCCGCGACGGCAGCGCGAGGCGGCAACAACUCCGGUGGCGGGGCCGCGACGGCUGCGCGAGGCGGCAACAACUCCGGCGGCGGGGGCUCGUGGAUCGACGUGUUCAGGCUUUGGCGAGUAGAUGGGGAGAAAGAUGUCGGGAGACCCCUGAAGCGCGUGGCCUCCAUUCGGGACUGCGAUGGCCCCUUCCACCGCCUGGCGUGUGAACCGGAUGUUGAUACAACCAAGGUGAAAUUGUCUGGUGCGAGAAGAGUCUCAUGGUCAGAAGAGGAUGGCUCUUCGUCCUCUGCAUCCCUUAGUUUCAUCAUGCAUGAUUUUAAUGGAAUGCCAAAACCACUAACUGUCGUGGACAAAAAAGCCCCAGCAGUCGAAUUUAAAGAUGUUAUUGAGCCAUUAGCUGCUGGAAUGAGAAAUGAACUGGACCCUCUUAUCAAAGACCAUGUUGCUAAACAAAGAUCCAGCAAACUAGAUCUACAACAUGAUACCAAAGGUGAUUCAAAAGAUUGGGAAUUCAUUCCAAGUGAGGAGAUCGCUAGCAAACUUCCUGAUCCAAGUACAGAUGAGAUGUGGAAUGCGUUGAUUCUGAAACCAGACAAGUUAACUGGACUGGUGAUGGGAUUGGCAUUCAACAACCAAUAUCCUAACAUGUUGGCUUCUGCUGCAUACGGUGAAACGCUGAACAUUCACUAUGUGGAUUACCCCAGCGAGCUUGCUACCCGUGGAUCAAAAAAAUUGCAGACGCAGAUGAUGUUUUUGGAGUGGCAUCCUUUUCUUCCCGCGAUUCUUGCAAGUACAUGUGACAUCGGAGACCCAAAGAUUUGGGAUCUAAGAGAAAAUUCUUGGAAGAUCAGAUAUCAGCAGGAUGACAAAAGGAAGUGCAUCUGUAGUGAGGUUCAUUGGAACCCAAGUAACCCUUGGAUGUUAGCAGCUGCAUCAAAAGAUAGCUUCCCUAUGAAGGUGUGGCCUCAUUUUCGUGGUCUCCAUGCGGUCAGAUUAUUACCACAGAUGUUGAUGGGGCAAGCGAUUGCUGGAAGCUGGAUAAGAAAUGGGAACCGAGUUGUUGGUCUACGUCUGCGUCUGGAGUUUGUGAGACGCAGUGGUGCCAGUCUAAGUCCACCUUGGCAUCUGUUUCUACUGAGAAUCUUAUGCUCUACAAAAUGCCAACUGAAGGAUGCUCUUGGCCGUCGUGGGAUGAAAUGA